CUGGCUGAGGCGCGCAGGAUGCGGCUGGAAGUGGCCGUGCCCUCGGUGGGGCUGCAGGCGUCCGAGCUUGACCAGAGUCCGGAGAAGGCGCGCACGGUGUUCAAGGUGGACAUCCUUUGCAACGGAAGAAAGCACUCCAUUGAGAAGCGGUACAGCGAGUUCUGUGCCCUUCACAAAAGGAUCAAGAAGAGAUGCCAAGUCCCCGACUUCCCACCCAAGCGUGUGCCCAAUUGGAUGACGAAGGUGCUGGAGCAUCGGCGUCAGGGCCUGGAAGCCUACCUGCAGGGCGUUCUCUUGUACAACAGAAAGCUUCCGAAGGAACUCUUGGACUUCCUGAAACUCUGGCACUUCCAGCAGGACUCCGAGGCUGGCAGUCUGGAGUCUCUAGGCGGCUUCUCCUUGCAGGAUGCUAACAGCCCCAGUUACCUGCUCUCCCACCGGCCUGUAAUAAGCUUCCGGAAUGAUCCAUAUACACGCCCGUCCUCCACAGGCCCGCUUCCGGACACGAUCCUGAGUGGCGUGCUGCAGGGCCUCUAUGCCCCCGAGACCAUCUUCUGCGAGGACUCAAAGCUCUUACUGGGACCCAGCUGGAGGCUGCAACGGACUCUGCCGCCCCUUGGCUUGGCUUCUGCCCCUUUGUCCCCUUUCUAGGGAGCACCUGAGCCUGACGCAGCCAUCCAUCUGAGAAAUGCCACCCCGCUCCUGUCCCUUGGAAUAAAAGAGGGUGGAAUGAGGGGAGAAGGGUGCGUCUGAUCUCUGGGGGAAGGGGUUUCUCAGCAUCACCCAGUGCAAGCAACACACAUGGGACAAAAGUACGUGAAGAGUAGCAAAUGCACUAGACUUGUUUCGUAGCGUGCCAUAUGGGUGGACCGUAGUUCUGUUCACGGGGAUCUUCACAAUUGCAGGUGUCUAUUCCCUAAACCAGGAGCAAGCAACCUGCCUCCCCCAGAGGUUUUGGACUCCAACGCCCAGCAUUCCUGACCAUUGGCUGGAGCUGAUGCACCAGGUGGCUUAUGUCGGCGUGACACCACCAGAGAUGGCAGCUGGUUAGCUGUCAUUGUAGGUCUGACUGCCGGCAGCAGCGUGUCUGGCGCAGCCCGGAGAGGCAAUAAAGCACGGUGUCAUUGGCGCUGUUGUAGCUGCUGCCUGUUGGGCCCUUGAAAAAAGUCUGCAGGGUGUGGGUGUCAGGGGGAAGGAAGUGGCUGAAAGCUAAGAGGUGAAGGUGAGGUCUUACCGUUUGAUGUUGCCUUCAUGGCUUAAGCGGCCUUCUCAUCACAGGAGAUACCACUAAAAGACCUUGCAUGCGAGGGAUACCACGUGGCCGGUGUUAACAACGACUUCUUGAACCAGUACUCCGGUCUUCACGGACUCAGCCCUUCUCCCACAUCACCACAGCUGCCAUCUAGGCCAGGAUUGGACAGCCUAGUGUCCUCCUCAUGUUUUGGAUGACAACGCCCACAAUCCCUGAACUUGGACCAUGCUGGUUGGGGCUCACGGGAGAUGUAGUCCAAAAUGUCUGCUGGGCACCAGGCGGCUUACCCGUGGCUAGGAGUUCCACUCAUGCGAAGAUUGCCUGGAUGAGGGCCAACGCGUGGGUUGAAACAAUGCGACAGUAGCCAUCCGUCCCCAACAUGGCACUUUCCGGAUGCUGCGGACUACAACAUCCAUUUGCCCCAACCAGCAUGGCCAGUGGAAUAAAUGUCCUGAAAGACCUCCCCCACGAAGGCUCCUCUUUCCUCAACUGUCACCACCAGCACGCUGUACUGAGGGAGAUGAGCAGGGUAACCGGGGGCAUUUCUGAUCAAAGACUACUUUCUUUUUUCCCCCUCUUCUCUCCUCAAUCCGUUUUCCUUGAGUGUCGUGUCUGUUUGGACUGUAAGCCUGCGGUCAGGGACUGUUGUUUUACUGAUUGUGCGU